GUUGCUGCCGCCAACGGCGAAGAGGACAUCGCCAUGGUGCAGAGCAAGAGCUUUGUGUUUACGCAAGGCUGGGACUCCGAGAUGGUCGUCGAUUAUCGGAUUAACGAAGACGAGUUUCACAAGAUUAGCUUGCUCGAUUGCGAUUUCUUCAUAAGGAAGCCCCCCGAUCCCGAUAACGACGUCUAUGAUUUCAGAGAGAUGUAUGUUACUCCUCCGGACACAGAUGUUUAUGCAAUUCCCAGGGUUUUAGCUCCAAUGCCUCAGAAGUACAUUCGCUGUGCCAAGAGUGAUUUUAGCUGCUACAAUGUGACAGAGCCACCAAUUGAUGCUCCUAGAGAUCCGUUGUAUAAGUCUGAGCGGGACGUUUUAAAGGUUUACUUGACAAAGCACUACAGAAACCGGAGGUUGGGCGACCCUGAUUUUGUGCUGGAUUUUGAGGAGAUUUAUGUGAUUGAUUCCAAAACAAAAUCUAUUAGCAGAGCAAAAGUUCUGGUCAGUGUUCCAGGUGGAAGAAGCAGAGAUAGAAGGCAUGACCUGCUUGUAAUACGUGAAAAUGGCAACUCCUUCAGAAUAAUUCAUGGGAGUGAAAAGGAUGAUCCCACCGCAGUGAUAGAGAGGGAAGAGUGGAAUAAGACCAGACAAGACAUGGAGAGGCAUCUUAGCAAGCUACGGGACUUCAGCGUUUCAAAUUGGUUCUAGUCCAUCAGCAGAAUUUAGAGAUAACAUCAUGAAGGCACAUGAGCAACAAAAUGUGGAUUCCCAGAGGUGACUCUGCAAAUAGGUUGAUGUUGGACUUUCAAGAUAUAUUAACUAUCCUGAGCACAUAAUAUUGAGUUUAUGAUGCUCUAAAUGAGAAGGUCCUUGUUGCUGAUAUUUUGGCAAGCACUUGUGCUAUAAAUUUUGUAAAGUAAGUAGAAAUGUUGAGCUGAUGCUGAAUAUCAAAGUUACUUUGUGGUGUAGGUAAGCAUUUAUGUAGCUUGACCUUGUUGUAAUGUUGAAGUAGUCCAAUGUUUUUUUUUCUUAACUUUUUAAAAAAACAUUAUGAGAAUACUAAGGUUGGUUGCACGUGAUUGA